UUUGACAGCAGCUGCUGCUUCCUGCGGGUGGGCGAGGCAGAGUGACAGCUGCGAGCUGCAGACUUCUUUUUAUCCUCCUGGAGACGAAAUGUGAAGGUUUCAAAGCGAAAGUCUAGAAGAAAAAAUACGCAAAGGAAAAACGAAAAAGGUUCAGCGACCGGAAGAAGAUUUUUCUGGACAAAAAAAGGAGGAAAAGUGAUCGAUCCUCGGACGCCGCUCUGCAGACAAACAUGGCUCUGUUCUUCUCCGGCGCCGUCACAAGUUCUCCAGUCAAGCGAAGGUUGAGGAACAGUCACUGUCAGAGCCUCGACGUGUCUCUGCUCUCUCCCGACUCCUCCUACAUCUGCUACACCUCAGCGCACGGCAGCGAGCCCUGCUGCUGCCGCCGCUCGCCACGCCUCCUCACCAACGGAUACUAUGACGUGACCGAGGACAGCUUCUCCUGGGAUGGCGAGGGCAACGUGUCACUGACGCCCUGCAAAACCAGCGUCUCCUACAAGGAGAACCUGUACAGGGUUUUCCGGCGCAGGCGGCGACCUCGCAGCUCGCUGGUUCGCCUGCUGAGCGAUGUCACGGAGAGCUGCCAGUCGUGGCUUGAUGAGAAAGUCUUCAGAGGUGUUUUCGGGACAGGGAACAACUGGAACCAGAAGCAGGAAGUUGACCUGGACUGGUCCAGGAGCAGCCCCGAUGGUCCGGCCUGUCUGGACGAGUCCUGGUCGCCGUUCAACAGCACUGAGCUGGAGGAGAGCCGCGCCUUCACGUACGACUCCACUGAGGUCCCGACUCCUCCCGACAAAGAAGCCCCGCCUCCAAAUCUCCUGAUCCACGAGGAGAUUUGCUCUGAGAUCUGUCAGUCAAAGGAGCGUUUCACCCAGUCGCUGGGCAGCCUCUCCGAAGUCCCGCCUCCUUCACCUUUCUACACCAACACCUGCUGCUGUCAGGCGUCACCUGAGCCCACAGGGUUCACGAUGAAGGCCCUCCUCCUUCUCGUCUUCACCGUCUUCAUCUUCACAGCUCUGUACUCGGGGUGAGUCCUCAGUUCCUAAUUUAGUUUUUUCAGAGCACUUUGAUUGUUUGAUCAGCAUGAACCAAGAAAAUCUCUUUAAGUCUCCAGGAAAAUCUUCCUGAAGCCGAUCGAGGAUCUGAAAAUGCCUCAUCUGUCCGUUCAGUUUAGUUUAGAAAGCUGCAGCAGCUAAAUGCAUCAUAGAAGCAGAAACACGAUUUAUUUAUUAAGGGUUCUAAAAAGUGUAUAAAAGUUAAAACGUGUUUGUUCCUCUUAUUUCUGAGUGAGGGGCGCUGCACACUCAUCAACCAAUGAGAAUAUCCCAUUUUACCUCCUUA